ACCACACGUCCAGUAAUUUUCCAUGAUACAAACUAAGUUAUCAUGAUGGAAAAUUUCAAUCUGGUUUCAACCAGCCAUAGCUGGUACAAACUGUGUUAUUUCACCACCAUGAUCUUCAUAGACAGACGAAAUUCUUAAGGAGCAGGCUGCUGUAUUUUGUCAAAAGUUUGUUUCAAAGAGAUUAGACAUGGAAACACCAACAGUGCCCACCUUUAAGUUGAUCAUCGUAGGUGAUGGUGGUGUUGGAAAGACCACUUUUGUGAAACGUCAUAUGACAGGAGAGUUCGAAAAGAAAUAUAAUGCUACCGUUGGUGCGGAGGUACAUCCAAUGAAGUUCAACACUACUCGUGGAGAAAUCCAGUUCAAUGUAUGGGACACCGCAGGACAGGAGAGAUUUGGACGUCUACGGGAUGGCUACUACAUCCAAGGACAAUGUGCCAUCAUUAUGUUCGAUGUGACAUCACGCAUCACCUAUAGAAACGUCCCUGACUGGUACCGCGACCUUGCCCGGGUCUGUGUCAACAUUCCCAUGGUGCUUUGUGGUAACAAGGUAGAUGUCAAGGAUCGCAAAGUUCCGGCAAAACUCAUCAAAUUUCACAGAAAACAUAACCUACAGUACUAUGACCUCAGCGCCAAGAGUAACUACAACUACGAGAAACCUUUUUUAUGGUUGUCACGACAACUGGUUGGAGACCCCCAGCUGAAUUUUAUGGCCUCUUGUUCUGGCCUCCUACCCCCAACUGUCUUCAUCGACAAAGAUCAAAUGGCCCGGCUAGAGAAGGAGUUGGAACAGGCCCAACACAUCUCCCUGCCAGAUGAUGACCACUUUUGAUCCCUGUCUGGUUGAUGACGAUACAGGCAUCAUUUUUGUUCUGAACCAUAUCUUUUAAAUAGCUGAACCAAUUCUUGUGCGAGUUGUUCAUAAACACCUCUUUGGCAAUGACAUGACUUCCUCUUCCAAAGAAGCGAGACAGACAUAGCGUAAAUUCACCCUUGGAGAUCAAGGCCAGGAGAUCAAAAUAUUGAGACCCAGCAUGACAAUUGUUUUUAUCAAUAUUACUUUUUAUCAUAUUCGUCUUUCUUUUGGGGCCUUUGAUACAUCUACAUGUAUUGAAGAAUUUUCAUAACAUAAAGAGGAAUAACUGCAGACUUUUAAAUAUAAACCAUUGGACUCAUAUACUAGUCUUUCAUUUUACAAAAGAAAAGUUAAUGACUGGUUACAGGUCUGAGAUUACAUGCUGCCUUCAUGGCACAUUUUGAAGAAUAAUAUUGAUUGUACAUCUUAGCAUAAUUUCCUUUUUGUUCCGCUAUUAUGAUAUAGACUGUAAACUACAAGCAGAAUUGACUAAAAAGAUAUGUGAUAUUCUGUGAUGAGAGGAGCUGUUAGAUCCAAGAUAUUACUGGGAAAAUCAGACAUUUGCAGAAAACUGAACCUCAAUGUUUUUUUAAAACUUUGACGAGUAUUCAAUUUCCAUGAAUCUGUGUACAUCUAGUUUUGUGUAUAAAUUAUACUUUAGUGUGAUAAUACAGGUAUAAUUUCAAAUGACAUUGUUCUUUAAUGUAAUAAAUGUACAUUGUACAAAAAUCACCAGAAUGAUUUAUUUAUGAAAAAUGAUGCAUGUC